AUGCAACACGACCUGGUGACGGCCCGGGAGGAGUUGGUGCGUGUUUCAUCGGUGGGCUUCUGGCCAUGCCCGUGCCAUCAUCCCGGGUGUCGUACCGUUACAGUGGUCAACCGCCCUGUCCUUCUGAUCAGACGCGCAACACCACUCAGACCGACAGUGCGGCGGCGGAGGAGGAGGACGACGAGGAGAAGGGGGAGGAGGGGGAGGGGGGGGGAGGAGGACUCGGAGGGUAGCGGUGACGAUAGUGAGCCAGGGUGGACACCGGAGACUCAUGGCGGUGGUGGUGCGGACGGGGGAGGAGAUGAGGAUGAGGAGAUGGAAGGGUUGGAGCCAGAGGGGGUAGAGGAGGGGGUUGGUGAGGGAGGAGGGUUUGCCGCGGCUACGGCAGAGGAGGCAUCUCAGCACGUAGGCAGAGGACGGCCGCGCGGAGGUGUUAAGGUUGGGCAAAAGAGGCCGUUGAUUGGAACCAGGAAGAAGAAAGCUGAGAAGGCGAGGACACGGGCGUAUCCUUGCACCUUCAGAGGGGUGGAUCUGGGCGAGGGUGUGGUGCUCCAGAGUUCCUCGACGAUGAUGGACAGCCCGAGAGUAGCCAGGGGAGUGGCAAGGGGGGGCAGAGGAAGCGGGGGUGGCGAGUACAUAUGCGAGCGCCACUUCGAGAGCUUCCACACUGCUCACAUGGAUGUGUGGUAUCAUCGUUACCACAACCCACAUGUGCAGCUGCCGGGCGAGACGUUCCCGAGGGGGGGCUACGUGGGAGUGCCGGACGGCUACGUAUACUAUUGGCCGCAUGCAGAAAAGUGGCCGAACAUCCCAAAGAAGGGUGGGAGGGCGGAGGGGCGAGGGGCUGAGGGGUCCGGCGUCGCUGGGAUCAAGACCUACAUGUCGAAGAAGCUGUCAGAGGUGGAGCUUCGUCAGACGAUCGCCAAACUGGUGGUGACCUGCGACCUACCUUUCAAGAUUGUGGAGGCUGAGGCGUUUCGCGAGCUUCUAACCCUGUGCAACCAACACUGCGGGGACAAGAACUUCAUACCGUCGCGAUGGACGGUGGCACGCGACAUUGUGGCGUAUGCGGCGGCCGCUCUGUCGGCGGCCAAAGCGGAGCUGCAGGGGAAGGAGGGGGAUCUGGGGUGCAAGGUGUCAAUAACCAUUGACAUCUGGACUGCACCCAAUGGGAAGGCGUGGCUAGUAGUGACGGGUCACUGGAUAGACGAGUCUUUCCAGCUGCGUGAGGCAGUGCUCGAGUUUCGCGAACUGACUGGUCGUCAUGGAGCAGUGCAGAUCGCGCAGGUCGUGGAGGACACGGUGGUGAGGUGGGGGUUGGAGAGGCGUUGUAUGGGCCUCACCUCAGACAACGCCUCGUCAACAUUGCCGCGCCCGAAGGGGGCCGCAGCACUAGAGAUUGCUAUUGAGGGCGAGGGUGCGGAGGAGGAGGAGGAGGAGGAGGAGGAGGAGGAGGAGGAGGAGGAGGAGGAGGAGGAGGAGGAGGAGGAGGAGGAGGAGCACCAGGAGGAGGAGGAGGAGGAGGAGGAGGAGGAGGAGGAGGAGGAGGAGUUGGGGGAUGAGGUGGAGGUGGAGAAGGCGCCUGAGGUGGAAGUGGCGGAGGAGGCGGGUGAGGGGAGAGGGGUGGACGCAGGAGCGGGUGGAGGAGAGGGUGUUGUUGGUACCGAGGGUGGGUCAGGGAUGUAG